GCCUUAAAGAUCCAUGCGCCUCUUCCAUGCGGUCAUUUCUAAGCCGUUUGUACGACCAGAACCCGUGCCUCCUCCUGCAGCGUCUGCUCUUCAGAUUCAAUAGUCUCCUACUACUGAAAAGCCCAAAACGACUUAAACAACAUGUCGGACGAAGGUAAACUCUUCAUCGGCGGCCUCAGCUUCGACACCAACGAAGAAUCUCUGUCUGCGGCCUUCUCCAAGUAUGGAACCAUCGAGAAGGUGGACGUGAUCAGAGACAGAGAGACCGGGAAUUCCCGCGGUUUCGGCUUCGUGAAGUACGACAACGCCGAGGAUGCCAAAGACGCAAUGGACGGCAUGAACGGAACCUCCCUCGAUGGCCGGUCAAUCCGCGUCGACGAGGCAGGAAAAGGCGGUGGUCCUAGGGGCGGCGGAGGAUCAAGAGGCGGGCGUGGAAGAGGCGGAUAUGGCGGUGAGAGAAGCUAUGGCGGCGGUGGAGGAGAUAGAAGCUAUGGCGGCGGCGGCGGAGGAGAUAGAAGCUAUGGCGGCGGCGGAGGAGGAGACAGAAGCUAUGGCGGCGGCGGAGGAGGAGAAAGAAGCUAUGGCGGAGACAGAUCAAGCUACGGAUCCGACAGUCGUUCCGGUGGCGGCAGCGGCGGUGGCUACAGAUCCGGCGGCGGAGGCAGCGGCGGAUACUCACGAGGUGGUGGGAGGAGGUGGCGGCGGCGGCGGCUACAGAGACAACAGAGGCAGUCGCGAUGGCGGAUACGAAUAAGCAUUCUUCCCGCUGGCUUAAAAACAGUGGUAUAAAUAUAAUUGUGUUGAUAUGGACUAAGUAAAAGUUGUGUUUUCCCAGCAAGCUCCAUUCACGGUGACAGAGCGCCAUAAUACUUUGACUUUGAUUUGAUUUUGAUAAUAAACAGCCUCAGGCCUUGUGAGUCACACUUGAAAUAGGUGAGUGUUUUUUUUUUUAUUGUUAUCCGGGUAGCCAUUGCAAGCAGAUGAAAUCGUCGCCUAGUGGACACACAAAAGACUCUCCAGAUAAACUCGUACAUGCUCUUUGAUCCAGUUUCAACAUGUUCUACUUACCUCUGCUUUUUGAGAAAAAAAAACUCCCAUAAUGUCUGAUCGAGAGGUAGAUAGAACAGUCACACUCUGAAACCAUUUAGCCAAAUCCUUCAGUCUUAUGGAAAUAUUUUUUUUUUUAACCCAGACCAUGUAACUAGUUGUUGUAUUUUGCCUGAGAUAUUUGUUGCAGGGUAAAAUUGCCAAUUUACAUUUACAGUAUGUCUAAAGAAAUCUACAAUCCUCCUAAAUCUUGCAAUGAUAUCAUAACCAACUCUGCUGUUCCCAGUCAAGCCCCAGUGUAGAGUAAGUCCACACUGACUCUGUAUGUGAUCAUCAUAAUAAAGGUUUACAAUUUAA